AUGAGUUAAUAAAGCUGUUUCUUCAACGAAAUCACGUCCAUUGAAAAGAUUUAGGAAGAAUCCAUUUAUUAGCAAAGCCAAUCUAAUACCCAAUAUUAUGUAAAUCAAUCAGACAAAUCAAUUAAUUUUUUAUCGAAAGGAGGGAAUUAAUUCUUUUUACCUUUGGAUGUUGAAAUAAACUAAGUAUUUCCAUUAUCUGAAGGUCUCUUGCUAGGUUGGGGUAGGGAUGAAUUUAAUUACUCUAUAGUAUUAAAUCAUCCUCUAGCCUCUAUUACAACAUUAGGAACUUAUAAUAGCACAUUAGGGACUAUUGAGCCUUGGAUACAUAUGCAAGAAGAAAUUAUUUAUGCCCAUAAAAUUCUGCCAAUAUUGAUAACCUAUAAUUCUUAAUUGAUGAGGCAUUGUGUUUAUAUUUUAAAAGUUGACGAUAAACAAGAAGUGCAAAAUUACAAUCUUACUGAAAAAACAGAUUGCCAAAUCAUUAGCGAAUUAUAUUAUGAAGAAAAUAUUAAAGAAGAAAAGGCAAAAUAAUGUGAAAUAAUUAGAAGUAAUGUUGAUGGAGAAUUAUUAAUUUGUUUAUUAUCAGAUCAUACAAUAAGAAUUUUAGAAAUGAAUUUCUAAGAAGAAAACAAAAGCAAAAAUAUUUUUAAUAGUUUAAAAGUAGUUUAAACUAUAUAAAAAGUUAGUUAAAUAUAAGUAUUCAACAUGAUUGAUUCAAUAUGUGCUGAAACUAUAUCUAUUAAAAAAGAGAAACUGAAAUACUAAAAUAAUCAAUUUGAAUAUGUGGCUUAUCAAAUUAUUAAUCACAAUAAUAUUCCAUCAAAUUUAUUGAUCUUACAUACGAAUUCUACAUUUACUUUAUUAAGUGGUAGCAAAAUCCUUUUAAAUUAUCAAAUUAACGAAUAAAUUAAUGAUAUCUCUUAAUUUAAUUGCGCUCCUGUUAUAACUGAACCCUUAAUACAAACAAUCUUACAUUCUUUGAAGAUUGCUUUAGAUACUCAAUAAUACAUUUGCCUAUUUAAAGAUGUCAUUAUUAAUUGCUUAUAAAAUCAGAACCUUAAAUUAGAAAUGUCAAAAAAUAAUAUAGAUAAUGAAUUCAUGAGAUUUACUUACCUAAUGUUAUGUUACUUAAAGUUAAGCAGCAAUAAAAAAGAUUGCGAAGAUCAAAUCUAAAAAAAGAUUAAAAGUAACACUCCAUCGGUUUAGUAGUCUCCUAUGAAAGAAAGUUCAAAAGCAUUUUAAUAAUUAUUAAAAUCUAAUUAUCACAAAGAAAAUUCUAGUUAUGAUAGCAAUUCUUAAUAUUGUCAUUAAUAACAAUAAUAGUAAUAGAGUUUAAGUUUUAUUUAUCACAUGACUAUGGAGAUGUUUAAUGAAAUUUAAGACAAGAUUUUAUAUGUUUUACAUUUAUUGUAUUAAGAAUUAUUGUUAUCAGAUGAAAAGUAGGCUAAUAAGUUGCUGGUUUUACUAUAUUAUUAUUCCCUCAAUAUGGAUAAUGAAGUUGCUAUUAAUUAUAGUGAUUAUUACCUCAGAAUAAAUCCAUCAUUAUAAUCUAUGUAUUAAAAUGAUAAUUUUAUAUCCCUUUUGCCAACUAUUAGAUCUUUGACUUUGCUUGGGUAACCAUAGUAAUAAAACAAAUAGAAAAUUCUGCCUCAAAAUCCAAUAGACUUGAAUAAAUGGUUGAGCAGCUUAUUAAUGAAUAAUCCAAUAUCAUUUCCGAUAUUAUUUAAGAGGACUAAAUAAUUGUGCAUCAUAAUGUAAUCAAUUCUAAAGAAACAAUUAAUCCAUAUUUCUUCAAUAUUAUAGUGUGAAGUUUAAGACUUUUAAAUUUUAUAUUAGGUACAAAAGACUUAACUAUUUUUCUAAAAAGUUUUAAAUCAAAAAUUGCAAAUCAAAUAUAUUUAAUAAAAGAAAAAUAAACUAGAAAUGCUCACAAAAUUAAGAGGGCCUUCUUUGAUGUUAUAUUUAUGCAGUGAAAAACGUUGGAAUAGAGAUAUUAUUAAUAAACUUCCUUUAUAAUUUAAAAUUGUUAUUUUAGAAAUAAUCACUUUAUUAAGAAAUAAUUUUCCAAAUGACUUAAUGGGAUAAAUUACUAAAGAUUCAUAUUUAUUAAUAGAUAGAAUGGAUAUUUAUUUAAAUUGCAAAUUAUAUAUUCAAAAUCCUGUAGAAUGUGAAUUUAAAAAAUAUGUUAAUUCAAUUUUAAGUGGGCAAAUAAAAAGUUUAUAGAAUGAAGAUGAUCAUGAUAUCUAAUAUGAUUAACAUUUGAUGUAGCAAGUUAAGAGACAAUUUGACUUUACAAGAGACAUUCGAAUAAAAACAAAAAUGACUGAACAUAUUCCUGAAGAAAGAUUGGAUUAAGAUGCUCCUUCAGUAUUAUUAAAGUUAUUGAAUCGAAAAUUAGCUAUGUUUGUUGGGUUAGGAUCAUUAACAUAUGGUACAAGCGACCAUUUUAUUACUGAUUAAAUAAAAUUUCCUUCAUUAAACUUAUCUGGAAUCCUUCAAUAAAAUAGCUUGAAAUUAACAAUAGAUUCAACAAGAGAAGAUUAUACAUAAAUGACAUAAUGGCCAGAAUUUCAUUUAGGAGUUACCUUGUCGCUAUAGUUAUCCAAAAAAUUGAAAGGCUUAAGUCAAGAAUCCUUAAGAACUUGGAUAUUUUAUUAGAAACCAUAAAAUCCUUCUAAUAUCCAUGGAGGAUUUAUGUUAGGAUUAGGAUUAUUAGGAUAUCUAAAUUCAUUUAAUUAGAUAGAUUUAUAUUAACUUCUUACAUAAAACCAUGAAGCAACAAGUGUGGGAGUAUUAUUAGGUAUUGGAGCAUCAAGAAUUGGAACUUGUGAUGAGCCUACUUAAAAAUCUUUAACUGUCCAUAUUCCAAGUUUGAUACCUAGUGUUUAUGAUUUGGAGCUACCAAGUAAUGUUUCUACGAGUGCAUUAUGUUCACUCGGAUUCUUAUUUAUGGCUAGCGGCAAUAGAAAUUUUACUGAAGUUGCUUUGGGUUUAAUAGGUAGAAAACCCCAUAAUGAUAAAGUGAUUGAUAGAGAGGGAUAUUCUCUUGCAGCUGGAAUAGCAUUAGGAUUAAUUAAUUUAGGAAAAGGAAGUGUGUGGAGAAGAGAACUUUAAAUUGUAGAUCGAUUAAUCAGAUUUGUUCAAGGAGGAAAAGUACUCCCUCCGCCUUAAUCCUCAUUAUCUACUAAUUUUAUGUAAAAUGAAAGUGUCAGCAGUUCAAUACGAGAAGGUAACAUGGUUAAUGUACAUGUUACUUGCCCUGCUGCUCUAAUGGCAUUAAGUUUAAUGUUUAUGUAAAUGAACUAAUAGAAUAUUGUAGAUUAAUUAAAUAUUCCUAAUUCUUUUAGUAGUUUAGAGAGUUGCAACCCAAAUCAUAUCAUAUUAAAAUCUUUAACUAGAAAUAUUAUCAUGUGGGAUAGUAUACCAACAACUUAAGCAGAUUUACAUUCAUAAAUUCCAGAAUUAAUUUCAUUUUUGUUCGAGCAACCUUUAAAAAAAAUCCAUUAAAAGUUCUAUUUAGUAUAUAAUGUAGAAGUGAUCGAUUUUAUGUCUGUAAGUAUGAUAUAUACAGGUAUGAUAUCUGGAGCAUUAUUAGCCAUGGGUAUAAAAUAUGCUGGAACUCAUGAUUAAUAAGUCAAAUAACUUAUGAUAAAAUAAAUAGAGUUCUUAAUAAAAUUAAGAAUAUCUUAAAAUGAAUUUGCCAAUGACCCAGAUAAUAAGUGCGCUAUUGAUUAAUACACUUAUUAUACUAAUAUUGUUAAUGCUUUAUAAGGGUUAUCUCUUUUGAUGGCUGGCAGUUUUGAUUAAGAAGUAUUGACAAUAGCUAAAUCUUUAAUAUAAAAAAUGGAAAAUUCAUAAAUUUGGCAUUUCGGUUUCCAUUAAGGAAUAAAAAUGGCUAUUGGUUUUGUAUUUAUGGGAAAAGGAGGGUAUUCAUUCAAAAAAUCAAAAAAAGCAAUCAGUAUGCUAUUAUUAUCUUUGUACCCAUAUUACCCAACUAACCCUGGAGAUAAUAAAUAAUAUUUAUAAGCCUUAAGAUGGAGUUACGUUUUAUCAAUAAGACCUAAAAUAUUUAAAAUUAUUGACGUGAAGACUCAUAAAACUGCAAAUUUAUAGAUUAAAAAUGAGAUAUUUUCUGAUCCUAAUUACUGCUAAUCAAACUUUUCAUUUACAAAUAAGGCAAUAUAAACAAUUUAUGUACAAUCAAAAGUCUUAAGCUAAAAUAAUUAAGAUUUAUUAAAUCCAAAUAACACUCUUAAUCAUAUUGAUACUUUAUUAUUGAUUGGCGAUAUGUAGACGAUUGACUCAAAGCUAGAUGGGCUUUAUGAGUAUAAGUUUAUCAAAAAUUUAAAAGAGAAAUAAUAUUUUUUAAAAUUGUUGCAGCAUGAUUAAAGCAAUUUUAUUUAAAUCUUAGCUUCUUUAUUUAAUACUAAUAAAUAUGCCCACAUACCAAUUCUUGGAUUAUUUUAUAAAUUGUACCAAAAUAAAUUAGUACUAUCCUAGGAAGUUAUUGAUUAAUUAACUCCUACAAUUAGUGUUACUAACCAAGAACUAAAUAAAUACAUAAAUUAAGAUUUUAAAAAUAUGUAGUUUAGUUUAGUAUCACACAAAGUCUACAGCUUUUUAUCAAUAUAUAACUUGCCUUAUCUACAUGACAUAAAAUAAAUAGUUAAAGUUGCUAAAUAGAUUCCCCUCUAAAUGUUAGAAUUUUAUUUAUACAAAUCCUUUGAAGACAUCUAACAACAAAAAUUAAAGCAAUUAGCUCAUUCAAUAUUAUUAAAUUAAUGA